AGUGCGGAUUGUGCCUACGGUGACACAGGCAGCCUCAUACGCCUGCCGGGAAGGCAAAGUACGACGGGGGCAGACAGACGUUUGACGUUCCGCGUUGGGUGUGCGAGUUCCAAAGUCGGACUGGAGCACGAGACCAGUAUGUCACUGGCACUUCUGCGACCGCCUGUAGGUGUGAUGGGCUCCAUGCGUUACACCACGAUUUAAAUGAGUAACAUCGUUUCAGCUGCGCAGGAGCUUGGAAGUUCUCCAGAUGAAGUACUGGUAGUGUUCCAUGUCUGCAUGGUGAGCGUGCAACUGUUGCAGUGCUACCGAGGACUUCCGUCUAUUUUUUAGUUUCAGGCCAAGACCUACUGGGAACGAUGAGUCGGCAGGCGUACCCGGCGGAGGCUGCGGCUCCAGGGACGCCCAGGUACCGGAGGGCCAACCUCGCGGUGCCGGCCGACCGCGCCAACUGGCCGCAGCCUCCGCCGCCGCAGCCGCAGCCCUCCAAGAAAUCCGAACUCAUUCUGGCGGCCAUCUCGGCGGCGAGCAUGAAGAUCAGCCAGAAGCGCGUCCACCCCGCCGCCCCGCAGGUGGAGCGCCAGCAGCUGCAGGGGAAGGCGGCGGCGCCCGCCGACGUGCGCGUCAGCGAGGAGGAGGUGCUGUCGGUGCUGGAGUGCCCCGUGUGCUUCGAGUACAUGGAGGCGCCCAUCUACAUGUGCGCCAACGGGCACAACGUGUGCGCCGUGUGCCUGCCGCGCUGCCGCGGCGCCUGCCCCUCGUGCCGCGGGGCGCUGACGGCGUCGGCGGCGCGCAACCUGGCGCUGGAGCGGCUCGCCGCCUCCGCCGCCGGUAGCCCCUGCCGCAACGCCUUCGCGGGCUGCCCCGAGCGCCGCCUCAAAGCGUCGGCGCGCGCGGCGCACGAGUCCUGCUGCCCUUACGAGCCGCUGCCCUGCGCCCUCGGUUGCGGCUGGCGCGGCGCCAACACCUCGCAGCAGCUGCGCGCGCACGUGCUGGCCGCGCACGCGCGCAGCGCCACCACCGUCCCCGACAGCGACGACUCCGGGCGCCCCCUAAGCGCCGUCCAGCUGGGCAUCUCCCAGGCGGGCUGCUUCCGCAGCGGCGACCACGUCUUCUUCGCCUUCGAGCACACGUUCGCCUACGUGAAGCGCUUCAGCGUGGAGGAGCGCCGCCUGUCACUGGCCGUGCGCUUCUUCGGCGCCGCCGACGCCGCCUGCCGGUUCCGGUACGAGCUGUGCCUGCAGAAGGGGCGCGACGGCGACGACUACGAGUGCACCAGCUUCUCGCGGGCGGUGCACCACUGGUCCCACGACCUGUCCACUGUCAUGGAGAUGAAGAGGUGCAUCGUUGUCGACUUCGAGACUCUGGUCUCUUUCGGCAAGGGAACUAGGACCUUUAAAAUAGUGAAAAUUCCGGAGAGAUGUCACGUGGCAGAAGAACGGGGUGUGUACCGUACGGAACUUGAGCCGAAGACCAAGGUUAACACACCAUAAUUUCAAGUCUGUAGGUCAAACACUCAGUCUUUUUCCAAUUAAAGUUCUCAAGGUACGUUCAAUAGAAAAAAAGUAAGAUGUUGUGAUACACAGUGAGUCAAAAUGUCUUUAACGGUUCAUAGAAACCAUUAUUUUAUUUACUAAACGAUUUAAAUAAUUCAAUUUGUUUGCCUACAAAUCGACAGAAGAAUAUAUAAACAUUCACAACAAACUUCAGUGAAAUAGUAUUUAGUUAACAAUAAUCAAUGAAUCUACUGCACGUGUUUCACCGAUGGUAUGAAUACGAAUACAAUGUUCAUUUUCUCGAUUAGUCGACACGUCAUUAAGGUUAAAUUAACUAAAGCUCAUUAAGUUGUUUGUUUUUGGCGAGAGAAGUUGUAUACCAAAUAAAAAGAUCGCUGGGGUC